AUGGUUGCUGGCAGCGCGCUCUGGGCGGCCACUGCCGGCUUGGCCAUCGCCGCCGCCGCGUCGGGCGAUGCCAUUGUCAACGACGCGCAUUUCUACGGCCAAUCUCCGCCAGUCUAUCCGUCGCGCAAUCGCCUCCGUGGGCUAAUUCUUGUCACAGCAAAUAUGACCGCCACUGGCGGUGCGUGGGCAGACGCCCACGCCAAGGCCCGCGAUCUCGUGUCUCGGAUGACGCUCGCCGAAAAGGUCAGCCUCACCGGGGGCGCCCCCGUCAACAACGGCUGCUCUGGCAACGUCGCCGCCAUCCCGCGCCUCGGCUUCCCGGGCAUGUGCCUGAGCGACGCCGGCCAGGGCCUGCGCGCCACCGACUUUGUGAGCUCCUUUCCGAGCGGCAUCCACGUCGGUGCGAGCUGGAACAAAGACUUGGCGGCGCGCAGAGGUGCUGCCAUGGCCGACGAGUUCAAGAAGAAGGGCGUCAACGUGCUGCUCGGGCCGGUGGUCGGGCCGGCGUGGCGCGUGGCGCUGGGCGGCCGCAACUGGGAGGGCUUCGCGGCCGAUCCGUACCUGUCCGGCUCGCUGGCGGCGCAGAGCGUCGUCGGCAUCCAGGGCCAGGGCGUCAUCACCAGCGUAAAGCACUAUAUUGGAAACGAGCAGGAAACCAAUAGGAACCCCAGCGGAGAUGUCCAGGCCGUCUCAUCCAACAUUGACGACAGGACGAUGCACGAGAUGUACCUGUGGCCCUUCCAAGAUGCUGUACAUGCUGGCUCUGGCAACAUCAUGUGCUCCUACCAGCGCAUCAACAACUCGUACGGCUGCGCCAACAGCAAGACCCUUAACGGCCUGCUCAAAACGGAGCUCGGCUUCCAGGGCUUCGUCGUCUCCGACUGGGGCGCCCAGCACACUGGCUACGCCGGUGCCCUGGCCGGGAUGGACAUGGCCAUGCCCGACCCGGGCUCCUUUUGGGGCGACAAGCUCGUCGAGUCUGUCAAGAACGGCUCCGUUCCCGAGUCGAGAAUCGACGACAUGGCCACCAGAAUCCUCACCCCUUGGUACCAGUUCAACCAGGACAAGGACUUCCCCAACCCGGGCUCCGGCAUGCCCAAGGAUAUCACCAAGCCGCACGUCAUCGUCGACGCCCGCGACCCUGCCGCUUCGUCCGUGCUCUUCGACGGCGCCAUCGAAGGCCACGUCCUCGUCAAGAACACCAAUUCCACGCUCCCGCUGCUACGACCCCGCCUCCUCUCCGUCUUCGGCUACUCCGCCAAGACGCCCGACCUGUUCGCCCCCGGCGGCGGCGUCCUGCAGACCUACCAGUGGCAGCUCGGCGCCGAGACCAUCGACCCCGGCGCCGCCUUCUCCGCCGCCGCCCUCGGCGACCCCAGCGGCGCCGGCACCAACGCACCCUCCAUCGGCAUCAACGGCACGCUCUUCUCCGGCUGCGGCUCCGGCGCCACCACCCCCGCGCUCGCCAUCUCCCCCCUCGACGCCCUCACCGCGCGCGCCCACCGCGACGGCACCGCGCUCCUCAUCGACCUCGCCUCCCCGCGGCCCGUCGCCCACCCGGCCUCGGACGCGUGUCUCGUCUUCGGCAACGCCUUUGCCUGCGAGGCCUACGACCGCCCCGGCUUGCAGGACGCGCACACCGACGCGCUCGUCAACGCCGUCGCCGACUCGUGCGCGCGCACCGUCGUCGUGCUGCACAACGCCGGCCCGCGCCUCCUCGAGGGCUUCGUCGACCACCCCAACGUCACCGCCGUCCUCCUCGCGCACCUCCCCGGGCAGGCGUCCGGCCCCGCGCUCGCCGCUUUGCUCUACGGCGACGCCGCGCCCUCCGGCAAGCUACCGUACACGCUCGCCAAGAACGGGGGCGACUACCCUGCGCUCCGGCCCAGCGCGCCCGACGAGCGCCUCCGCAACUUCCCGCAGUCCAACUUCUCCGAGGGCGUGCUUACCGACUACCGCCACUUUGACCGGGCCAACAUCACCCCGCGCUUCGAGUUCGGCUUCGGCCUGAGCUACGCCACCUUUGCCGUGUCCGGCCUGACCGUGCAGCGCGUCGCCGUCCGAGGCAGCGCCACCGCGCCGCUGGACGAGUUCCCCUCGGGGGCCGUCAUCCCCGGCGGGCACGCCGAUCUCUGGGACAACGUGGCGCUGGCGACGGCCGAGGUGCGCAACACGGGCGGCGAGCGCGCCGGCGCCGAGGUGGUGCAGCUGUACGUGGGCAUCCCCGACGACGACGACGGCACGCCGGCGCGGCAGCUGCGCGGGUACGAAAAAAUGAGCCUGCAACCGGGCGAGGUGGCUACGGUGACGUUUGCGCUGUCGAGGCGCGACCUCAGCGUCUGGGAUGUCGGGGCGCAGCGGUGGCGGCUGCGGCGCGGGACGUAUAGGAUCGAGGUCGGCACGAGCAGCAGGGACCUGCCGCUGCAGGCGUCGUUGGAGAUUUAG